GAACUCGUCCGCGUUUGGCCACAAGCGCCAUCUACAAACGCGGUGGUGGAGUGUCGCGCGCGCGCCCGUGUCUUACCGUACAAACUGCAAACGACAAGACGUGUGUGUGUGUGUGUGUGUGUGUGCGUGUUGUAUGCGUGUGUGUCGUGUGUGAUGUAUGUGUGCGUGCGUGUGCGUGUGUGCGCGUGUGACGAGUGACGACGCUCGGAGACGAGGCGCAAAAAAUAAGUGGAGAAAAAAAAAAAACAGUCCCGAUUUAACAUUGAUUGUUCCGUGAUUGUAGCGACUAGCAGCCUGUAGACAGGUACGUUUGAAGAUAGCGUAGGAGGCGCCGGCGCGUGACGUACCGUCGACUUAUAUUCCAAUUUCUAAGACCGUCGGUCGCCGGGAUUCAUCGUUGUUUGUUGUCUCGUCGUUUCGCGUAGCGCACUGUUGCGUCCUUGUGUCCUAGCUCCGCGUGCCGGAAAAGACGAAUUUUUAGUUUUCCGUUUGCUCCGGUCUCCCGUUUCUGGUUUUCGGUUGGCCGGCCUCCCGGAGCGAGUUAGCUCGUCGUCUGCGACUGUGCAGUUUGCGAUCGGUUUCGGGACAUCGCGAGUGGCGCCGGUGCGAUAUCACUCCAUUCCUUCAAGAUGAUGGAUUCACCGACUACACCGCCGGGCUACAUGUCCGAGGACGGCGACAACAAUGAAUCUCACAGUAUGAGUCCUAACCCUACGGUGAUGGGUGUACUGGACACUCAACCCGUCCUCUAUUGCGAACCGGUGUUUUGGUGCUCAAUUAGCUAUUACGAGUUGAAUACCAGAGUUGGAGAGACGUUCCAUGCUUCUCAACCUUCUAUAUCGGUUGACGGCUUCACAGAUCCCAGCAAUUCCGAACGAUUUUGCUUGGGUCUAUUGUCAAAUGUCAAUAGGACCAAUGUAGUUGAACAGAUUAGACGACAUAUCGGCAAAGGUGUACGGCUCUACUACAUUGGCGGCGAAGUAUUUGCAGAAUGCCUUAGCGAUUCUAGUAUAUUUGUACAGUCACCCAAUUGUAAUCAGAGAUAUGGAUGGCAUCCAGCCACUGUUUGUAAGAUACCUCCAGGUUGUAAUUUAAAAAUCUUCAACAACCAAGAAUUUGCAUCUCUUCUAUCUCAAUCAGUGAGUCAAGGUUUUGAAGCAGUUUACCAGUUAACUCGUAUGUGUACGAUACGUAUGUCUUUCGUUAAGGGUUGGGGCGCUGAAUAUAGGCGACAGACAGUCACAUCUACCCCUUGUUGGAUAGAGCUACAUCUGAAUGGACCAUUGCAAUGGCUGGACAGGGUUCUCACACAAAUGGGUUCGCCUCGCUUGACAUGUAGUUCCAUGUCAUGAUUUACCUUAUAUUUAAACCCACCUUUAUUAUUACCAUUUUUUUUUUUUUUGUUUAAUUGUACAUAACCCUUGGAAUGGCUGUCUACUAUAAGGUCGUGAAUCGAAUCUGUAUUUAACCUAAUCGACUAAUUAGAACAGUGGUUUUGUGUUUUUAUGUUUUUAUGUUUUUUUAUAUAACAUCACAUGACAAAAAAACAACAUUUACACCGAAAUGUUAGUGAUAGAUGUUUAGAAUUAUUAUUGAAUGAUAGAGUUAAGGAUUUUUGUAUUAUUAUAACUAUUAUUAUUUUUAUUAUUAA